AACUGCCUCUUCAUCAGGCAAGGCCCUUCCUCUCCUACCUGUUGGGGUCCGCUAAAUGUAGAAUACUCAGUUGUAUUCCAGAGAGGACUGUUCAUGGCCGUUAGAGGAUGUUCAUUGGCAAUUGUUCUUAUAAUCAUGUGGCUGUCAAUUAAAGCAAAAAUAGAUGUGUGUAAGAGAGGAGAUGUGACUGUGAAGCCUUCACAUGUAAUUUCUCUUGGAUCAACUGUCAAUAUUUCAUGCACUGUGAAGCCCAAAAAAGGCUGCCAGAACUCCUCCAGUUUUAACAGGCUGAUCCUCUACGAGUUCAACAGAACAAUCUGUUUUCACCAUGGUGACUCCUUCACUACUCAAGUCUCAGAUCUUCCCCUGGGGACAACUUUGUUUGUCUGCAAGCUGGCCUGCAUCAAUGAGAAUGAGCUUCAAAUUUGUGGGGCAGAGAUCUCCGUUGGUGUUGUUCCAGAACAGCCUCAAGGCUUGUCUUGCAUGCAGAAAGGAGAACAUGGGACUGUGGUCUGCACCUGGGACAGAGGACGAGAAACCCAUCUAUAUACUAAGUACACUUUAGAGUUAAAUGGACCAAAAAUUUUGAAUUGGAAAAAGCAAUGCAAUGAUCAAUAUUGUGAUCAUUUGGACUUUGGAUUCAACCUAACCCCUGAAUUACAUGGAUCCAGUUUCAUAGUUAAGGUUACUGCCAUCAACAUGCUUGGAAAUUCUUCACUUGCAUCUAUGUUCACAUUCUUGGACAUAGUGAGGCCUCUUCCUCCGUGGGACGUUGGAAUCAUAUUUCUAAAUGCUUCUGUGAGCAGAUGUAUUCUUCAGUGGAGAGAUGAAGAAUGGGUGCUACUUAAUCGGCUCAGAUAUCGGCUCAGCAGCAGCAGGUCCUGGAAAAUGGUCAACGUUACAAAUGCUAGAGGAAGACAUGAUUUGCUGGAUCUGAAGCCAUUUACAGACUAUGAAUUUCAGGUUUCUUCUAAGUUGCAUCCUAAUCAGGGAAGCUGGAGUGAUUGGAGUGAACCACUGAGAACACAAACACCAGAAGAAGAACCUACUGGAACAUUAGAUGUCUGGUACAUGAAAGAGCACGUGGACGACAACAAAGAACAUGUUUUUCUUUUCUGGAAGAAUCUGAGUGCCUCAGAAGCAAGAGGCAGAAUCCUCUACUAUCAAGUGACCUUGCAGGAGAUGGCAAAAAGGAAAACUAUAGCACAGAACUUCACAAGACAUACCUCCUGGACCUGGGUUAUUCCAAGAACUGGGAAUUGGGCUGCAACUGUGUCUGCAGCCAACUCAAAAGGCAUUUCCCUACCUACUCAUAUUAACAUGACAGACCUGUGCGGGACAGGGCUGCUGGCUCCUCACCAAGUCUCUGUGAGCCCCGAGGGCACGGACAGCAUCCUGGUGACUUGGCAGCCUCCCAAGAAAGCUGCCCCUGCGGUUCUGGAGUAUGUGGUGGAUUGGAAGGAGCUCCUUCCGGGAGGCAGCACACAGCCCCCUCUGAACUGGCUGCGGCUCCCGCCCUACCGUGUGUCUGCUGUGCUGUCAGAGAAUAUCCAACCCUACAUGUGUUAUAAAAUCCGUGUGCAUGCACUGUCAGCGGGGCAGGUGGGAUGCAGCUCCAUCCUGGGAAAUUCCAAGCAUAAAGCACCGCUGAGGGGCCCUCACAUCAACAGCAUCACAGAGGAUAAGGGCAGGGUUUUGAUUUCCUGGGACCACCUUCCAGCCAAGGAGCAAAGGGGCUGUGUUCUCCAUUACAGGAUACACUGGAAAGAGCGGGACUCCAAUUCCCAACAUCAGUUCUGUGAAAUUCCCUAUAAAGUCUCCCAGAAUUCACAUCCAAUACACAGCCUACAGCCCCAAGUGAGGUAUGUCCUGUGGAUGACGGCUCUAACUGCAGCUGGUGAAAGUGCCCCAGGAAACGAGAGGGAAUUCUGUCUGCCGGAUAAAUCCAAUUGGAACAUGUUUGUGGCACCAAGCAUUUGCGUUGCUGUCAUCAUAAUCGGCCUUUUCUCAGUGCGUUACUUCCGGCAAAAGGUGUUUGUUCUCCUUUCGGCCCUCAGACCUCAGUGGUGUAGCAGAAAAAUUCCAGACCCCGCCAAUAGCACAUGGGCCAAGAAUUAUCCCAUCGUGGAGGAGCAGACACAGCUGCUUUCCGAGAGGCUACGGAGCCCCUGGGCCUCUCCUGAUGAGCCCGAGCCCCUGGUCAUCAAUGAAGUCAUCCACGUCGUGACUGCACUCCACAGACCUCCCCUUGGACUCACAGAGAGAGUCCAAGGUCACUGUAUCUUGGAGGGAGACACGGUGCUCAGCGCCUCUGACCCACUGCCCCCAAGAGCUCUUGCAGUUGAGGCAAGACCAGCAGUGGAUCUGUACAAGAUGCUGGGGACCAGGGCUCCUGACUCAAAGCCAGGGAGCCCUGCUGGUCCCAUGACGGGCCUGCCAGUGGACUACAUACCCACGCACGAGGGCUACUUACCCUCCAACACAGAUGGCCACCCUCCCAGUGGAGCUCCUCUCCCAGAGCCCGGGGAAGACCUGCAGCUUCAGCACAUCUCUUUUUCCGUUUUUUACAGUUCCAUUCAACAGCUCCCCUUCUCUUGUGGGGAGAAGCUGACUCUGGAUCAGCUGAAGAUGGGCUGCGACCCCCUUGGGCUCUGAGUGCUGAGGCUGGGGGCUUGGCCAGUGGCCAUGGGCCCGUCUCUGCUGCUGUUGCUUUGGGCUCUGGCUGCAGUGAGAGGGCAGGUGAGCCAGCUCGGGGUGGAUCUCGGAGAGCUGGCCUUCCCCAAGAUGACGUCCUCCAUUGUGGAUUGGAGACUCCCAGCUGCAUUCCUGGGCAACUUGGCCACAGUGGCCAGCAAGUAAAGGAGGGGACAAGAGUGGCAAUCCACACUCCCUGCAGUAACAGCAAACAAUGCAGACGCCUGCUGAUUCCACGAUGUAUCUACCAAGUGCCUCGUAUGUCCUGCAUGCUCACUGCACAGGACUGUCUAGAACUUGUGGAGAUGACAGAAACAUCCAGCAUCUGCAGGAUGUCCAAUGUGACUGAGAAGCUGCAUUUUGAUGGAGAUUAAACAGCCACGCUUGGCUACUGGUGACUGGAUUGAAGAGCACAGCUCCAGGUGACAGAUACACUAAUGCCAACUUUGGUUGACAAAGUUUACCUCAGUGCAUCGCACAUCCAGAUACUUGGUGCAAAGUUUGGCCACAAGAAUCGUCCAACUUGUUCUGCUUUCCAUCUUCUGACCAGG